AUGUUUUCCGCUCAAAAGCCAAUAUAUGGCAAUGGAGCAGGCAUGAAUAUGAAUGGUGGUGUCCCCUCAGGAAACAAUGCAGGAUCUAUGCCUAUGCCUGGAGUUCCAGCGGCAAUGGGUGCAGGCAUUAAUCAACAUAUCCCUAGUGGUGGCCCCAUGCUCAUGGGCAAUGCUCCAAAUAAUAACAAUAAUAGUAACAACGAUGGCGGCGAGAAUAAUGGAAACAAUGGUGGUAACGACGCUAACACUGCUCGAACUAACCCAAACAUGGUCGGUAAUAGAGGUGCUGUACAUGCUCUAGAUGAUCCCAAUGUAUACCAUUGGAUUUGCCAGUUAACCUACGGCCCUCAAAAGGAACAAGCGCUGCUUGAACUAGGACGCAAAAGGGAACAAUUUGACGACCUUGCUGUCGUUCUCUGGUCUUCGUUUGGUGUAAUGACCUCAUUGUUGAACGAAAUCAUUUCCGUAUACCCAAUGCUGCAACCUCAGAUGCUAUCCAAUAAUUUAUCAAACCGUGUUUGCAACGCGCUAGUUCUUCUACAGUGCGUUGCAUCUCAUCCAGAGACCAAACAUCUCUUCUUACAGGCUCAUAUUCCACUCUUUCUCUUUCCUUUUUUGAACACUACCUCCAGACAAAGAACUUUUGAGUAUUUGAGAUUGACCUCAUUGGGUGUGAUAGGUGCAUUGGUCAAGAAUGACUCACAAGAUGUAAUAACCUUUUUGUUAAGGACCGACAUUGUACCGUUAUGUCUAAGGAUCAUGGAAUCUUCUUCUGAACUAUCUAAAACAGUCGCCAUUUUCAUCUUACAAAAGAUUCUACUCGAUGACGUUGGCUUGCAAUAUAUUUGCGCAACUUUGGAAAGAUUCUACGCUGUCACUAAUGUGUUAAAAGAUAUGGUUGAGCACUUAACCGUGAACACACCACCAGGAAGGCUACUCAAACACAUUAUUAGAUGCUACUUAAGAUUAAGUGACGAUUUGGAAGCGCGCAGACUAUUGAAAGUGGUUCUACCUGCCAAGCUAAGAGACAACACUUUUACAGAAGUGCUAAGAGACGAUGUCGGAUCCAAAAGAUGUCUAGCGCAAUUGCUAUUGACAUUGAACGAAGAAACCUCAUGA